AUGAGGCUCAUCAAUACAGAAACGCUAGAGCUAGAGUUCUAUCCUGGAGGAUCGCGUCGAUAUGCAAUUCUAUCUCACGUCUGGGGCAACGAUGAGGUCACCUUCCAAGAAAUGAUCGCGGGUGGUUCUGCUGAGGCUCUUGGACUCGACCGAUACAGCAAGUUGCGAGAGAGCUGUAAGCUGGCACGCUCACUGAAGCUGGAUUACCUGUGGAUAGACACUUGCUGCAUCGACAAGAGCAGCAGUGCUGAAUUGUCAGAAGCUAUCAACUCCAUGUUUCGUUGGUAUGCCGAAUCAACACUCUGUAUUGCUUUUCUCCAAGAUGUUCCACCAUCGGAAUCCGAAGAAGAAAAAAAGAAGGUGUUCAGGGAAAGUCGCUGGUUUACAAGAGGUUGGACGCUACAAGAGCUGAUCGCACCCGGGAAAAUCAUCUUUUACGGACAAGACUGGGAGCCUAUGGGGACCAGGUCAGAACUCAAAGACGAUAUCAAACUUAUCACCGGAAUCAGCGAGGAGCUACUUGAUGCGACGCAUCAUAUGAUGGAGAGUAAGCAAAGACAAUUGGGCCAGUAUUCGGUUGCUGAGAAGAUGUACUGGGCUGCUGGGAGAGAAACAACAAGGCCUGAGGAUAUUGCUUAUUGCCUGUUGGGUAUAUUUGACAUCAAUAUGCCUCUACUUUAUGGCGAGGGCCAGAUCAAAGCGUUCAAGAGGUUACAGGAGGAGAUCAUCAAGUCUACCGAUGACGAAUCGAUCUAUGCCUGGCGACAGCCUCGAUAUCGAGUCGAGGGAAAGACGUACUGGAGUCUACUUGCGAAUAGUCCUUCGGCUUUUGAUAUUGAUCACGCUUCAAAGGAUCUGAAUGGCUUGAUGCCUAACAAGUCGAAAUAUUUGUCCUCACGCUCAGGAGUAUCAACAUCAAUGACGAAUCGUGGAUUGGAGCUCGAGCUUUCUUUGACGCCCUUUCCCAUCGAUAAGUCGGGAAGCAUCUUCCUAGCCUUUUUGAACUGCGAAUUCCGUCGAGGUCAAACAUCGAUCAAUCCAGCCAUAUUACUUCAAAGAGCAGCAUGGGACAAAGACUCCCAUUUUGUACGCAUUCGACCGGAUAUACUUGCGCUGUCCAUGAUGAACAGCAUCAUCCUGCCUGAUGAACUCAUAAAUAUGAUGAGAGGUGGCCAAACUCUCAUAUUGAAAGAGGCCAUCCCUCGAAAGAUCUUUGUACCACAUAGUACGCCUGAUCUGAGGUAUUUGAAAGGGGUCAUAUUUCGCCCGGAGAUCAACGGUCUUCAGAAAGAUAGUAAAAUGGUGGUUCGGGUGCGUUCUCGGUCACCUACAUGGCAGUACUUUGUCGAUACCCGCAAAGGGCCAUCGCAAACCCCAGAAUCCUACGAGAUCAACUUUGAUCUGGCACCCGGGCCAUCGCUUGGCUCAUUGCAGGAACCUGUCGUUCUUGGAGUGUUGGAACUCGACUUGGGCAAUGCCGACUCUAAACAAUGUUUAGUGAUAGGGCUAGAGCCUCUGUUGCCGAAUCCUUUCCGAACGACACCUCUUUACUUCCAUCCGUGGUAUGCAUUCGAAGAACAGUCGUGGAUCGCAAGGCAGGAUUUUACAAGGGCUAUAGAUAAGACGCAGAGAAGGCAUGAGUGGAGGGUGCCGGACUUGAUUAGAGCCAGGAUCGGGAUCGAGAGCAGAUAUUCAAGCUUGUUUUAUAGUCUGUCUCUGGAGAUUGAGAGUAAGAGAAAGAGUGCCUCCUGGUUUUAG